AUGCCAACAGAAUCUUAUGCUGAUAAGAUUCUCUUACAGAUCCUUAUUAUAUGUUCUUAUGAAUGUGUUUCAGGUGUGUUUGCUGGUGAUACAGAUGUAAUGAAGUCAGUAUCAGUGACUGAGGGAGAUUCUGUCACUCUAAACACUAAUGUUACUGAAGUACAGAGAGAUGAGCAGAUACUGUGGAUGUUUGGACCUAAAGAGACUCGUAUAGCUGAACUCUAUAAACGCAGCAUUGAUAUGUUUAGCAGUGAUGUGACAUUUGGAGACAGACUGCAGUUGGACUCUUUCACUGGAUCUCUGACCAUCAGAAACCUCAGAAGCACAGACGCUGGACUUUAUAAACGACAGAUCCGGAGCGACAGAGGGAACUCGGACAAGACAUUCGAUGUUACUGUCUAUGCUCGUCUGCCUGUUCCUGUCAUCACCAGUAACUCUUCAAACUCUUUUUCACCAUCAUCAUCAUCAGGAUCAUCAGUUUCCAGAUGUUCACUGCUGUGUUCAGCUGUGAAUGUGAGUGAUGUGACUCUCUCCUGGUACAAAGGAAACAGUUUAUUGUCCAGCAUCAGUGUGUCUGAUCUCAGCAUCAGUCUCUCUCUACCUCUGGAGGUGGAAUAUCAGGAUAAAAACAGCUACAGCUGUGUGCUUAACAAUCCCAUCAGCAACCAGACCACACAUCUGGACAUCAGUGAGCUCUGUCAGCCAUGUUCAGCUCAUCUGCCUGUUCCUGUCAUCACUAGUAACUCUUCAAACUCUUUUUCACCAUCAUCAUCAUCAGGAUCAUCAGUUUCCAGAUGUUCACUGCUGUGUUCAGCUGUGAAUGUGAGUGAUGUGACUCUCUCCUGGUACAAAGGAAACAGUUUAUUGUCCAGCAUCAGUGUGUCUGAUCUCAGCAUCAGUCUCUCUCUACCUCUGGAGGUGGAAUAUCAGGAUAAAAACAGCUACAGCUGUGUGCUUAACAAUCCCAUCAGCAUCCAGACCACACAUCUGGACAUCAGUCAACUCUGUCAGACAUGUACAGGUAGCGCUCAUCAGUGA